CCUGCCCACUCCCCAAUGGGAGCGCCCCUCCUGAAGGACGCAUGCGCGUGUCCUCCCUCCUUCCCUCCCCUCCCAGCUUCUAGAUGUUGCGCAGGCGCGUUAGGUGGCGGGACGGGCUUCAUUGGGACAGCCCUAAGCCAACUGCUGAAAGCCAGAGGUCACGAAGUGACACUGGUCUCCCGACAGCCCGGCCCGGGUCGGAUCACGUGGGAUGAGCUCGCCACGUCGGGGCUGCCCCGCUGCGACGCCGCAGUCAACCUGGCUGGAGAGAACAUCCUCAACCCUCUGCGAAGGUGGAAUGAAGCUUUCCAAAAAGAGGUUCUCAGCAGCCGCUUGGAGACCACCGACCUGCUGGCUCGAGCCAUCACCAAGGCCCCACAACCCCCCCAAGCCUGGAUCCUAGUCACAGGUGUAGCUUACUACCAGCCCAGCCUGACUGCUGAGUAUGAUGAGGACAGUCCAGGAGGGGAUUUUGACUUUUUCUCCAACCUCGUAAGCAAAUGGGAAGCUGCAGCCAAACUUCCUGGAGAUUCUACACGCCAAGUGGUGGUACGCUCUGGGGUUGUGCUGGGCCGUGGGGGCGGUGCCAUUGGUCACAUGCUGUUGCCCUUCCGUCUGGGCCUGGGGGGCCCCAUCGGCUCUGGCCAACAGUUCUUCCCCUGGAUUCACAUUGGGGACCUGGCAGGAAUCCUGGCCCAUGCCCUUGAAGCAAGCCAUGUGCAGGGCGUCCUGAAUGGAGUGGCUCCAGCCUCUACCACUACAAAUGCUGAGUUUGCACAGGCCUUAGGCACAGCCCUAGGCCGCCCAGCCUUCAUCCCUCUUCCUAGCGCUGUUGUGCAAGCUGUCUUUGGACAAGAACGUGCCAUCAUGCUGCUGGAGGGCCAGAAGGUGAUCCCACGGCGGACACUGGCCACUGGCUACCAGUAUUCCUUCCCAGAGCUGGGGGCUGCCUUGAAGGAAAUCAUAGCCUAAGUGGGAAGGUUCGAUCGUAGGGCCUAAGGCCCGUCCCUCAAUAGAGGGUUCCCAGUGAGAGACUGUGAAUAGGUCAGGUACUCCUCUACCUGAGACCUAAAACCUCUUCCUUUUUCUUUCUCAUUAUUCCGUUGCUGCACUUUAACUGACUGCCCACUGUUUCAAGGUUGCAAUUUCAUCUAGUUGGGACCUUACCCUCUUCAACUCCUUAUAAAAGAGUUUCCAAGUUUGGUUUCCCUAUAUGUCCCAUUCCUGCCCCAUUUCUCUUUUGCUGUGUAAUGAAUGCUCUACAAUUUAGGCAAUAAAGAUAAAUUAUCUCAUUA